UACUCUGAUCUUACCCGGAAAGAAGAAAUUUCUGCAUGUAGCAAGCUUUCGUUACAGCAUAAUUAACUAUGGUUACAGAUUUCAUGUACACGACGGAUGUUUCUACUUUAAGAUAAAGUACAAUUUCACUAUUAUAAUCUCUCUAAUAUUGCUAAUAAUAAUACUCAUGAGUAUUUAAGCCAGCUAUUAGUUCUUAGUGACGAUAUGAUGUGGUUGCUGGAGCCCGAUACAAAGAUUUAAGCCACUCUUUAGAUGAUUACAAUAUGUAGCUUAUGCAAGGGGAGCUUUGCCUGAUAAAUUUUYACUUCAUUUUACUUCACAUUUUAUAAUAGACAAACAAGAAUUAAAAUCGCGGUAGAUGAUCGCUAGGUCUCCAAGUUAGAUAGCUACAUUUUUACCCUAGAAACCCGGAAAUCUUGGCACAAAGGUUUCACUUUCACUUUCCUGUGAUCUUAUUAUCGCUGUUACAGAAACUAAGAUGGCUACUGGAUGGUCAACAAUUACAAAAGAAAACACCAACUUUGCUCGAUUGUGCAAAUUACUGAUCGAUGGCGGAACUCAUGCCCUUAGAGUCAUUUUUGAUGCCAAAUAUCCACCUCACGAUCUAAAGAAACAUUUGAUGGACAGCAGGAUUCAUAAUAUCUUGAAGAAUUUGAAGGCUAAAAAACUUCUACGGCCAGAACAGUGGAACAGACUGUAUCCAAGUGUAGGAAUGGCAACAUCUACAGGUUUUGACAUAACUCUUUUAAGUUUACUGUUGCGCAAUAUCUGCAAUUUGCCAACACCAGUAAAAGGAUGGAACGAAGAGCCUGCUACAGGAAGUGUUAACGUGGAAGACGAUGUAGUAAGGCUGAGAUUAUACCGUAAUAAUCUCUAUGGUCACAUUUCUGAACCAGCUCUAUCAGAUGCUGAUUUCAACAAGUACUGGAAAAAAAUUGAAAUUGUUUUGUUAAGACAUGGUGUAAACAAGACAUCCAUUGAUAGUCUUAAGUCACAAUCCUUCGAUCAAGAAGAUGAAGACUACUACAUCAAAUGCUUAAAAGAAUGGAUCACUGAUGAGGCUGAUAGAGUAAUCCAUGAAGUAAAGGAAUCAGAAAAGAGAGUGCUGGAAAAAGUUGAUAACGUAGAGCAGAAGCUAGACCAACUAAGUCCAGAGCGACCUUCAAGUCGACCGAUAACAUCUAAAGAUGUGGAACUUUACUCCGAAAAAUUAAAGGAAGCAAUAAUAACCCAAACGGACGAUCUUCAACCUAAAGGAAUAAUACAUGCUCCAAUGAAGACCGACGAUAUUUUCACCAAUUUGGUUGUUCACGGAAAGGAAAGAUGUCCAGAACAAAUUCAAAGCGGGCAGAACCCUGUAGGUCGUACAACGCUGACCGAAAUCAAGCACUGCAGUGAAAUUUUUGUUCACAAAGAUGAAAACCUGAGUUUCCUCCAAACKUUAUGGGAAAAAAUUCGAAUGGUUAAAAAAAAGAAUCCUAAAAGAAUAAUAGUUUCUGGAGAACCAGGAAUAGGAAAGACCUUAUUUUCGCAACAACUUGUUAGGGAUUUGGCCAAGGACUCCAUAUCAAUCCCUGACGUCAAGUACACCUACAUGAUUCCCUUCAGAUUAUUAAACUCACUUGACAAAGACCUCAGUCUCCAAGAGCUGCUUAAUCUCUCACCUUUGCUCAACGAAGCCACAAUGAUAGACGACGCGCUAAUGGAAUAUUUCUCUCAGCAUUCGGAGAAAUUAUUCAUUGUUCUCGAUGGAUUUGACGAAUAUAAAAACCGCGGCAAAAUACUCACAGAUGAUGAAGGACCCAAUGAUAGUAAAGCCAAGAUGCCAGUAACAGCCCUUGUMAGCAAACUAAUCCAAAAAAGGAUCUUGAGUGAUUCCGUCAUUAUGGUAACCUCAAGACCGGGCGAAGCCGACGAGUUGGAUCAAAAAAUCCACUUUGAUCGCUAUGUGGAAAUUUUAGGAUUCUCAGAACAACAGGUUAUUGAAUUUGUUGAGAAAUAUUUCAGAACAAAACCUGAAGAAGUAAAAAACACGGCACUUAGUAAGGUUAAAGAAAGCGCGCACUACAUUUUAUUUGGUCGUGUGCCUUUCCGUUGUUUGUUGAUGUGUGUGUUCAUYGAGUGGAAAAUCAAAAAACACGAUAAUUCAUGUCCUCUCACACUUACAGAGUUUUAUUUUCAAGUAAUUCAAUGCAUUGAAAAGAAUUACAACAGAGCAAUACUUAGUUUAGAUGACAAAGCCGCUUUGUUGGCUGUUGACAAAACGCUCGAUAAUUUUUCAAAGUUAGCGGCACAGUUAUCUAAAGAAAAUAGAUUUAGUUUUACCUUACAAGACUUAGAAAAUCUAAAAGUAUCAGAAAAUGAAAUAUUGUGCAUAAAAUCUAGCAGUCUUAUAUUUUGUUAUCCUGUUUCAAGUAAUAAUUCGCCAUUUCAAAAGCCAAUCUGGGAAUAUAGCUUCACGCACUCCACCAUUCAAGAGUUUUUUUUUGCUCGGUAUUUGGUGAAGAAAGGUGUAAUGGCGGCACACAGAACCACUGAAAUGGUGUAUACAUUCAUGAGUGGUUUGUUAGGAUUAAGUAAUAAUAGUAAGUUAAUGCUAGAACUACUAGAGUCUCUAGAUAAACAUAUAGAGAAUGCAUCAUUUAAAUACAGACUAAGACUGAUGUCAUUGCGAUGCCUGCACGAGUUUGGUGAAGAAAAACGUUUGACAAGACAAGAACUGACUAAAAACCGCGGCGACAGAUACUGGAAUAGUGUUGGGAGGAUUGCAUUAGAUGGUGUAAGCGACACAGACUGUGGUGGAGCAAUCACUAUGUUAAUAGAAUCUGCUGCUACAUCAUCAAUACCAUCAUCACCAUACAGAUUGUACAUUUUUGACUCAUCCAUAACCAGCAUUGGAUUAAAGAGUUUGCUGUCAUGUCUCAUCAGUCAUCCAAAAUGCACAAUCACUGCACUGUCGCUGUCAGGUUGUAGUAUGAAUGAUGAAAACGUAAAGUGUUUGUGUAAAUAUCUUCCAAAGACAAAAAUAGACAGGCUUUACCUUAAUAGUAAUAAAAUAACUGAUGUUGGAUUGGAUUAUAUCAUGGAACACUUCCCCAGUAAUCUCAUUAGGCUAGAACUGUAUGGAAAUGAAAUAUCGUCCAAAUGCAUAGAGGGAACUAGACAAUUCUGUAGGGAUAAAUAUCCUCGUCUCAUGUUAUACAUWGAUUAGAUAAUUCAAUGUUUGACGCUUGUAGAUUUGUUGUGAUAUUAUUUGCUAAGUAACUACCAAAAACAUAAUAUAUUUAUUCAUUAUUUCUUAGUUUUCUUGAAAAUUCUAUUACAUAUUCUUUUGUAAAAAUAUAAGCUUAUAUCAAUUAAUGUGCAAUAAUUUAUAAAUUUGUAUGAUAAUUUUUGACAAGUUUGUAGGUGUUAGAAGUUAUUUCAGUUUUAGUGAAGCUGAACUUGUACAAAUGAGAUGAUAGGACAUGAAAAACUUCUUAUUAAGUUGUUUUUUUCUUUUGGCCUUAGAAAGCUCGAAUGAAAAUAUUAAUCCAGUUUUCAUACAUUGUAUAUAGUUAUAUAUGGUUUUAUAAAAUAACUUGGAUACUACGCGCGUUCUGAUUGGCCGACUGCCGUGUUUGUAUCAGAGUAUGUAAACAUGGUUUUGACGUCACAAUUUUUUUGUCAAGUGCGAUUCAAAACUAGAAGUAGAAUAGGAAAACAAUCAGCUAUUUAUAAAAAAAUAUAUCCGAAAACUUGGCAACAACUA